UCAAAUCAAAUGUCAAAUAUUUGUUUUGACUUUUCAGUAUUUUCUUUCGGUGUUUCAUAAAUCAAAAUAAACUAGCUAGAUGAGUUGAAGCUCUCCAAAUUUUAUACAAACAUAUUAAAAAUAGGGGUUUUCUUGUUACAUUUUACAAUAAUAACAAGUAAAAAUGCCGAGCGUCAUACUAAUUGAUGUAUCUUUAUCCAUGUCGAGACCCGUUCCGACGACGGAUACAACAGAGAGUCACACACGAUUUACAAUAGCCACAGCAGCUAUUAAUUCCUUCUUAGAUUAUUUAAGUGUUCAUGCUAAGUUUGAAUAUGUUGCAUUAGUGUCAUUUUCUUCGGUUUAUGAAGUUGCAGUACCUUUCACCCGAGAUUUUGAUACAAUACGUAGUAAAUUGCUGAACUUGGAAGAAGGAGACAAAACAUGUAUUGACACAGCUUUCCUUGGAGUAAACCAACUCGUACUAAGCGAAUGGGGAUGUCAAACACCCGUGCAGAUUAUUGUGGUAACAGAUGGCAGUAGUGGAGUUGGCUCUAUUGGCAGAAACCGCAUCAUUCAAGCUUUGCCACUGCCUCCCUCAUAUCCGGCAAAGAUACAUAUUCUCCCUAUAGUCUCUCCACAUGACUCCUGCUUACAACAUGCUAUGCCUCUGUAUCAAAAAAUUGUAGAUUCAGCUAACAAUAUAUCAAAUCAUUCAAAUGGUGCCCUUUCAAGAGGUUCUAUCUACUGUCCUGAUCAGCUGUCAGUGCCUGGUGUUAUAGCAACAGUAAAUCGAUUGUGUGAACAACACUAUCAAGAGUUUUGGUGUGCGCUCAAGUGUGGCCAGCUAGAGGCCCGUGUGCAGUUAUUCCCGGCGCCGCAAACUGUUACCCACGAAGAGCUUACUACAAGCUACACACUCUCCAACCAGAUACAUGUCAUUGGAUUUAUACAACAACAGGAUUUAGGCACUCCAAUUGCCACAAGUAAACAUCUUGUAAUACCACAGGCCCAAACUGGUGGUAACAUCUCGGGAAAAGAAAAUUAUGGAUCUAAAACGCCAACAAAAGAGGGAUCAAGUACCGACAGUGCAAACAGUGAGGAAGACAUGUCUGACCCAAGCAAAAUCCCUAACUUCUGUGUAUUGCUCCAUGGUGCUUUAAAGGUAGAAGGAAUGGCAGCAAUAGUCCAAUUAGGCACAGAAUGGUGGGGCACACUGACGGCAUGGUGUGAGGCGUCGAGGGCUCGUAGAUCUUGUCUCUUACUGAGUGUCUUGCGGCCGGGGACAUCCGCCGCGCCCUGGCUCGGCCCCUUGGACCAGCUAGGACCGGCUGAUGACGGAGCCACACCUGCAGAAGCAUUCCCGGUGCGUUCGUGGCGGUCGUACAGCGGCGGCGGGUCGAGCUGCGCAUGGGCACGCCCGCACGCGCUGCUCGCUGACGUGCAGAAAGUGCUCCGACAUGCUAGGAAGUUGCCGGACAAGACACAACAUUUAUAUAAAGAGUUAAACCGUCUUCGUCGAGCGGCCAUAUCCCUUGGAUUCUCAGAGCUGUUAACUUGCGUCGGCAGCGCUUUAGAGCGCGAAUGCGCUGCGUUGCCCGCUACUGCGCCGCCAGAGUGUGCUCUCCAACUGGCGCACGCAGCGGCCGCCCUGCGAGAUCCAAGAACUGCACUUGACAUCAAACAUACAUUACAACCUCUUGCCGCCAAUUUUACUGUAACAUCCAUGUCUCAUUAAUUAUAAUAAAUAUAGUAUACAUAUUUUUAUUAAUAUUUUUUAUGUAACCAAAUAUAUCGUCCUUACUUUUUCUCCAUGCAUAAAUGUACGUAUAAUACAUAAUUUAAAGUUCGUACGUUUGUCACCCACAUUAUUGGAAGUAGUUUUUUGCAUGACGAGGUCGGCUGGCCUGUAAUAGACGCGGAUGGCCCUAUAUCACCCUAUAUCGAUAGUCUACUACCCUGAGCUACUAUCCUAAAAAUAAAUAACUUCAGUGUUGUAACAAAAAAUAUUUUACACAGCUCAAACACGUAUUUAGCUAAACAAUGUUUAAUUCUAAACACCAUGGUUAAAGUCUUGUUUAACUCCCUGAAUUACAAAACAGUGUUUAAUCAUUGUUUAUCUAAACACGCCGUUAAACCAAAAAUUAAUGUAGCAACACUGCAAAAUUUUUGACUGUCAGCUGACAAAUUACCACCACCACCUACCAGCGCGAAAAGUAGUUUUAUGAUUAAACAUACGUUCCAACACCGUCGGUUUACAUUUAAAUAUAAACAAUGUUUACACCUUGCCUAACUCUAAUCAAUGCUUAAAUGAAUUUGUAUGGUCGUAAGACUAUAGCCUGUCCUCUAAGGACGAAGAAUAAAAAAUGAACUAAAAAAAUAAUUAACAGCUGUCAAAUGUCAAGUGCUAAAGUUGAAGACUUAGUUACGGCCUGAGGUUACGGCAUUAUAUUAUGAAGACUUGACUUUGGCCUUAUUUAAAUAACAUUAAAAGGAAAUGAUAUGAAGACUUGGCUUAGGCCUUAUCGUACUGAAUGUCAUUGAAAGCACUAUUAAUGACGAGGCUGUAUGGGCUAGAACCCUUUGCCUUCCCAAUAAUAAAGAGCAAAUCAAAUUAAA